AUGUCCCGCUCCGACGAGGUCAACCGGCUCACGGAGAGUGUCUAUAGGGUGAUUCUGGACCAGUUCAACCCCGGCCUGAGGAGUUUUGUCACGAUGGGGAAGAGUUACCAACGAGCGCUCUCAGGGGUGACCGUAGCGGCCAAGGGUUAUUUCGACGCCCUGGUGAAGCUGGGGGAAUUGGCCAGUGACAGCCAAGGGUCCAAGGAACUGGGGGACACCCUGUUCCAGAUGGCCGAGGUGCAUCGCCAGAUCCAGGUGCAGCUGGAGGAAACUCUGAAGCUUUUCCACUCGGAGCUGCUGGCCCAGCUGGAGCAGAAACUGGAGCUGGAUGUCAAGUACCUGCUGGCCACCCUGAAGAAGUACCAGAGUGAGCACCGGGCCAAGGCGGAGGCCAUUGAGAAGUGCCAGGCCGAGCUGAAGAAACUGCGCAAGAAAUGCCAGAGCAGCAAGAACCCCCAGAAAUACGGGGACCGCGAGGUGCAGUACGUAGAGGUGAUGAGUGCCAAGCAGAGCGAGCUGGACCGUUUUGUGGCGGAGGGAUACAAGGCUGCUCUGACCGAGGAGCGCCGCCGGUACUCGUUCCUGGUGGAUCGCCAGUGCGCUGUGUCCAAGCACUUCAGUGCCUACUAUGCCAAGGUGAAGGAGCUGCUGGGGGCCAAGCUGCCCGGCUGGCAGCAGUCCUGCGUCCAACCCACCCGCCUGCCCGACCGCGCUCUGGCCCUGGUGAAGCAGACGGCCAACAGCCCUGCCGCGCCCGCCAUCUCCGACCCGCUGCCCGCCCCCCAGCCCCUGGAGGUGCCCUCCGAGCUGGCACCCCUGCUGGGGGGCGGGGGGCUGGCCCUCAACCACCGCGUCUCACUGCAGGAAGCGACUCCGCUCCCCAACGGCGACUCUCACCGCACCCGGGGCUCCCGUGACCUGGGGCACCCGCCCGCCAGCGAGCCCCUCACCGUCCCGCUAGGCCUGCCGGCCCCGCAGCCCGCACCAGCCACGCAGACCCCCCCUCCGCCCAGGGCCAGCGACGGCUACUCCUGUACCCUGCCCAUCCCCCGCAAAGCCUCCGCGGAGACCCGCCUCGCCACGCUCACAGAGAACAGGACCCUGCCGCGGGUCGGGGUGCUGGCCGAGCGGCGCCGGGUCCAGGCCGUGUUCUCCCACGCGGCCGGCGAGAGCAGCACCCUGCUCAACUUCCAGGAGGGCGACGUCAUCGCGCUGCUGGUGGCCGAGGCCCGGGACGGCUGGCACUACGGGGAGAAUGAGGCCACGUGCAUGAAAGGCUGGUUCCCCUUCUCAUACACCCGGCCCGUCCCCCCUGCCGAGACCCCCGAGAAACCCCACGGCAGUUUUCCCCUGAGCAAACUCAACAGCAGCAGCACGGGGACCCUGGACAAAGUGGGGUGCGUGGCCCCCAGCCCGGAGGCGGGUCACGGGGGGGCCACCUUGCGCUACGCCCCCUCCCCCCGCUCCAGCACCUUCCGCCAGCGCCCCUAUAGCAUGAUGAACCCCGACCUGUCACAGUUAGCGAACGAAUUUGGGAGCCACCCGAACUCCUCCCCAUCCAGGUCUAACCCCUUCGCUCACGUCAGGCUGAAGCGGACGGUGACCAACGACCGCUCGGCCCCGCUGAUCCAGUGA